CCGCGAGUCACCUGGGGAGGCCGACAAGUGCGGACACAUUGGCCGCCGAGGCGCUCGGCGAGGCGCGCACGGCCCCAGGCGGCUGCGCCCAGGACAGGCAGCGCCCGCCCAGCCGCCGCGCUCGGGCCCGGGCCCGGGUCCCCGCCGGCGCUCGUGGGGCUCCGCGGUCGCUCAGUCGGGCGGCGAGGUUGCGCCCCGAGCCUCGGUCACUCCCCGGCCCCGGCGGCGGCGCCCCGCUCACCAUGGUGGCAGCGCGCGCCCAGUGCCCGCGCCUCGCCCGCCGCCGGAGCCGCAGCGCCGGCUGAGCGCGGUCCGCCAGCCCCCGCCCGCCCGCCCCGCCGCCCGCGUCCCCUCCGCCGCCGCUGUUUAUGGCGCAGCCCCCCGCCCUGGAUCAUGCACAGAAACUUUCGCAAGUGGAUUUUUUACGUGUUUCUCUGCUUUGGCGUCCUCUACGUGAAGCUCGGAGCGCUGUCAUCCGUCGUGGCCCUCGGAGCCAACAUCAUCUGCAACAAGAUCCCCGGGUUGGCCCCGCGGCAGCGCGCCAUCUGCCAGAGCCGGCCCGAUGCCAUCAUCGUGAUCGGGGAGGGGGCGCAGAUGGGCAUCAACGAGUGCCAGUACCAGUUCCGCUUCGGGCGCUGGAACUGCUCCGCCCUCGGGGAGAAGACGGUCUUCGGGCAGGAGCUCCGAGGAGCCGUGAGGCCGCCUUCACCUACGCCAUCACCGCGGCCGGCGUGGCGCACGCGGUCACGGCCGCCUGCAGCCAGGGCAACCUGAGCAACUGCGGCUGCGACCGCGAGAAGCAGGGCUACUACAACCAGGCCGAGGGCUGGAAGUGGGGCGGCUGCUCGGCCGACGUGCGCUACGGAAUCGACUUCUCCCGGCGCUUCGUGGACGCGCGCGAGAUCAAGAAGAACGCGCGGCGCCUCAUGAACCUGCACAACAACGAGGCGGGCAGGAAGGUCCUGGAGGAGCGCAUGAAGCUGGAGUGCAAGUGUCACGGCGUGUCGGGCUCCUGCACCACCAAGACCUGCUGGACGACGCUGCCCAAGUUCCGCGAGGUGGGCCACCUGCUCAAGGAGAAGUACAACGCGGCCGUGCAGGUGGAGGUGGUGCGCGCCAGCCGCCUGCGGCAGCCCACCUUCCUGCGCAUCAAGCAGCUGCGCAGCUACCAGAAGCCCAUGGAGACGGACCUGGUGUACAUCGAGAAGUCGCCCAACUACUGCGAGGAGGACGCGGCCACGGGCAGCGUGGGCACGCAGGGCCGCCUGUGCAACCGCACCUCGCCCGGCGCCGACGGCUGCGACACCAUGUGCUGCGGCCGCGGCUACAACACGCACCAGUACACCCGCGUCUGGCAGUGCAACUGCAAGUUCCACUGGUGCUGCUUCGUCAAGUGCAACACGUGCAGCGAGCGCACCGAGGUCUUCACCUGCAAGUGAGCGGCCCCGCGGCCGCCGGCCACGCAGCCGCCCGCCGCUGUGCACACGCUCCCGCCUUCCCGGCUCCGCGCGGCCGGCUGGGCAGCGGUGGCUGCAGACGGUGGGGCUCCAGACGCAGGGGAACCCCCUGGGCCCAGCACCCUCUCCCCGGCCCGCGGCUCCUUCCUGCCGUUCCCGUCACUUCCUGCGGCGGCCCAGCGCCCGCGGCCCAGCGCGGCCUUGACGGGCCCCGUGAGUCCUUUCCUUCUCUCCGGGAAAGUGAGGCUCGAGGACACACGUGCCCCCGGAAAGCAAGGAGACGACAGGAGUGUCCCCCGCCCCUGCCUGGUGGGUGCACACGGACAGGCCACGCCGGCCGGCCCCACGUGAGACUGUCCCCGGCCACGUCAGCUGCGGGACCCUGGAGGGGGCUGGGCAGAGGGGGACAGAUUAUUUAUGUUUUCUUAGUGUCAGAAGAGGACUCUUAGCACGCAGGCCCGCCGGUCCUAACUCCGCCCCCGGUGUUAGCGCACCCCCUCGGCCCCCGUUCCCGUCCGAGGCGCCGCCUGGCUCUGCCCUGAGACGGGGCCUGUGCGCGUGGUCCCCAGGGGAGCGGGCAGCGGCUUGGUGACCAGCAUGGCCCCAGAGGGCCCUGAGGGCAGCCCUGCACAGGGACCUGGUGCCCUUCUCUUAGGAAGAUUUUAGAAAACCCCAUCAAACCGAUCAAGCUGUCCCCCAGGUCAGGUUCAAGGCGUGCUGUCCCCCUCCCCAGGGCCGUGGCCCCCCAGCCUGGCACCUCGCAGUUUACAGAGCCCCUCGCACCCCGGAGCCAGCGGGACCCCAGGCCAGCGCUGAGCGGGGUGUGGGGGGCUGGGGGUCUUCAGGGUGUUUGCCUCACUGGACAGCCGGGGACACUGGGGCCCAGCAUGGACCUGCCAGAGGCCCAGGACCUGCGUGGGGCUCCUGCCGUGGCUUGGUGUCCUGACCCACAGCCCAUGGCUCCUGGCCCAGAGGACAAGCUCUGGACACACCCAGGCUGGCGUGAGGCGGCCCCCC